AUGAGGUCGUGGUUUGUUGUGUUUCUUUUAUGGAUUUUGCAGUUCCAAAUGGGUCAGAGUUCACCACACACCUGUCCUAGUGGCAGUCCAGAUGGAAUUUACCAGCUGAAGCUGCCAGGAGAAGAACCUUUUCAAGUGACCCAGUGCAAAACAACCACAAGAGAUUGGAUUGUCAUUCAAAGACGCCUAGAUGGAAGUGUUAACUUCAACCAAUCGUGGAUUAAUUACAAGGAUGGAUUUGGCAAUCCGAAUGGAGAAUUUUUCAUCGGUCUCCAGAAGCUUUAUCUGAUGACUAGAGAACAACCACACGAACUUUUCAUUCAACUAAAGCAUGGCACUGGCGUUACAGAAUACGCGCACUUUGAUGACUUUCAAGUGGGCAGUGAAAAUGAGUUAUAUAAACUGGAACGGGUGGGACAAUAUUCUGGAACUGCUGGGGACUCCCUUAAAAACCACAUAAGCAAAAGGUUCUCUACUUUUGAUCGUGAUAAUGACGAGUCUAGUAAGAAUUGUGCAGCCAACCAUGGCGGUGGUUGGUGGUUUCACUCUUGUUUGUCAAGCUCGCUAAAUGGACUUUAUUUUAGAGAAGGUGAAACCGUCAUUCUUAAUGGAAUUCACUGGGGCCGCUGGAAAUUCCACUCCCUAACUUUUGUUCAAAUGAUGAUAAGACCAAAAUUCUUUUAG